GUCGCCGCCGGAAAGAGGAGGAGAGGAGGGCGGGGCCAGCAGGGAGUGGGGGCCGGAGGCGGCGGCUCUGCCCGCCUCCCUCUUGUCCUGGGUCCCCAACUCCAGGACGUAGACCGAGCCCAGCCAGCAGCCUCCAAACCCAGCUACUGACUGUCCCGGGGCGCAGACGCCAAGGCCACUCAGGCCAGGGCAGGGACCCCGGCCGGCCUAGCCAGGAUCUCUCAAUGGCCUGAAACUCUCCAGGCAGAUUAGGCUGAACGACCAGUGGGCCCGGGGAUCCUCCAGCCUGCUUGCCCAGUGCUGGAGUUACAAGUUUGAGCCAGCACCCUUCUGGAACGGUACUCUUUCUGUUCUCAUCCCCAUGGCCCCAGCCGGCCACUGAGCCCCACCAUGGGUGGCUUAUACUCAGAGUACCUCAACCCUGAGAAGGUUCUGGAACACUACAAUUACACCAAGGAGACGUUGGACAUGCAGGAGACACCCUCCCGCAAGGUGGCCUCGGCCUUCAUCAUCAUCCUGUGCUGUGCCAUCGUGGUGGAGAACCUUCUGGUGUUAAUCGCCGUGGCAAGGAACAGCAAGUUCCACUCAGCAAUGUACCUGUUCCUCGGCAACCUGGCAGCCUCUGACCUGCUGGCAGGGGUGGCCUUCGUUGCUAACACCUUGCUCUCGGGGCCUGUCACUCUGUCACUGACUCCUUUGCAGUGGUUCGCCCGAGAGGGUUCAGCCUUCAUCACUCUCUCCGCCUCCGUCUUCAGCCUCCUGGCUAUUGCCAUCGAGAGACACGUGGCCAUCGCCAAGGUCAAGCUUUAUGGAAGUGACAAAAGCUGUCGAAUGUUAAUGCUCAUUGGGGCCUCUUGGCUGAUGUCGCUGAUCCUGGGUGGCUUGCCCAUCCUGGGCUGGAAUUGUCUGGACAAUCUGGAGGCCUGCUCCACUGUCCUGCCGCUCUAUGCCAAGCACUAUGUGCUCUGCGUGGUCACCAUCUUUUCCGUCAUCUUAUUGGCUAUCGUGGCAUUGUAUGUACGAAUCUACUUUGUAGUCCGGUCCAGCCAUGCCGAUAUUGCCGGUUCCCAGACACUGGCCCUGCUCAAGACAGUCACCAUUGUACUGGGUGUUUUCAUCAUCUGCUGGCUCCCAGCUUUCAGCAUCCUUCUCUUAGAUUCCACCUGUCCCGUCCGGGCCUGUCCUGUCCUCUACAAGGCCCAUUAUUUCUUUGCCUUUGCCACCCUCAACUCGCUGCUCAACCCUGUCAUCUACACGUGGUGUAGCCGGGACCUUCGGAGGGAGGUGCUGAGACCCCUGCAGUGCUGGCGGAGGGGGAAGGGAGUGACGGGUCACAGAGGUGGGACCCCAGGUCACCGGCUCCUGCCCCUCCGUAGCUCCAGCUCACUGGAGAGGGGCUUGCAUAUGCCUACAUCACCCACAUUUCUGGAGGGCAAUACAGUGGUCUGAAGGGAAGGGGGGAACUUCCCUUCAGGUAACCAAGCCACAGAGCGCUCUGUGGGGAGAGACUAGGUGACCUCAUGUGUCCCCCAGCGCCACAGGCCUAGUGGAACUGACCACAGCUCAUAGGUCAGGUGGCCAACGGAGGUACUGACUAAACAGAUUGUUGUAGUACUGUGACUGUGGGGAUCAUUAAGGGUCUGGGGAGCAGCGGGCUGGAGCUUAGGGUUAGAGCAUUUGCCCCUUGGUACAAAGGGUAUCAGCAUCCUGUCCUACCUUUGAGCCGCCUGGCCCACUUCCUGCCUCCUCCUUUAAGACAGGGCCUCUCUAUGUUGCCCUGGCUGG